UACUGUUUUGAGGUGCCCAAUUAAAUCAGUGCAUACCAUUCACUGCGGCAUUGUAAGAAUGGGACCAACAUGUCGGAUGUAAGCUGUGUUGUGACAGAGGGCAGAGUGAAAUAUCGAGAGGGGAAAAAGUGGAAACGGCGCUGGUGUAUAUUGAGAAAACCUUCUCCCGUAGCUGAUCAGCUCAAUGUACAGCUAUUUAAGGUGGAUGUUAAGGAUGUCCAUAAACGACAGCCCAAGACGAACUUUAAUCUGGAGGGGUUUUUUGGUGUGGAGACAGGGUUCAGCUACGACAAGGAGACCAAUGUCUUAGCCAUCAUCUGUCAGAAACAAAUCACACUCUUCUCUUUUGAAAACAGGGAUAAUCUGAUACAGUUCGAGAUCAAGAUCAGAAGAAGUCUUGGGGAAGAGGACCAAUUCAAGGUACAAGUUACUAAUGUCCCUAACAACAGUAAGCUCCCUUUGGAUGAUCUCCGAAUGCACAUUCAUGGCCAGAAGUUCUGCUUGACAAACGGAAUCCCUCCAAAAGUCCUGGCUGCCUGGCAGAUCUCCGAUUUAAGACGAUUUGGGGUCGUGGAUAAAAAGUUCAUCUUCGAAGGAGGAUCUAACUGUGGAAAAGGGGGAGGAGUUCAUGCAAUCUCCUCAGAACAGGCUGAACUGAUUAAUGAAAUUGUCAGCUUAGCGAGCCUGGGAAAGACUGCAAGCUGUAGGAAAUUCAUUAUAAGAAGAUCUCAACUGUAUGACUACCAUUUGGAUCCAGUCAGCAGUUCUUUUAAUGAUAAUAGCCAGUUCAGGGACUUUCAGAGCUGGACAACUGCUGGGGAACAAUUGUACCUGGAAGAUAAGAGGUCCAAGCGCCACUCUCUUAGUUUUACUGAUUUCUCUCAUGCAUCUGCUUACAACGAAAAGCUCCUGAAAUACAAAACUGAACUAGAGUUGGAGAAAAGGAAAUACCUCAAAUACUUCCUGUACGAUGUACCUCCUAGCCGUGUAAGGAAAGUGGACAAUUGUAGUCUUUAUCUCAAUACCAAACAUUUUCAACAGCCCGACCAUUUCUCAUCUCAAAACUCUCAGGAAGUUAAAAAUGUCUCAAAUAUCUUGUCUCAUAAACUCAGCAAAGAAUGUGUAGACAACAGAAUUGAACAGUGGAUCGAGGCCGAGGCCUGUAUGAGCUCUGCUAGUGGACCGAGUUCUGAAUCUCAGAUGAGUAUAUCCUCGGGAGACAAUUCGGUGUCCACUCUGGGACAGAUGGUGAAAGUGUCGGCCAGUGCCCCCUCCCUCUGUGGCUAUGGUGUUUAUAGCUGUAAUGGCGAGAACAGUAAGUCAUUGUCUGUCACCUCAGUGCCAUCUAGAAUUGAGGAGGAGUCAGAGAGUUGUAGGCGGCUAGAGCUGGAAAAUCUACAGAAAUCUGAGCAAGAGCUGCAAAGGGAGAUAAGCCUUCUAGAGGAAAUCAUGAAGGGUGUAAAAGAAAAGCCUACAGAGAAAAAACAGGAAUCCCUGAAAGAAAAACCACCACCUUUACCCAGGAAAAAAUCUAAAAAUAACCGCCGUGCCACCCUUAGUCCCCGACAUGAUCGCUACUCCACAAUAAGUUCUCAGGGUAGCAUUUCUGGUUAUUCAGACAGUGUUUUGUUGAGUCCCAAUCUGGUGUCAAGGUUACGCAAAAUACCCUCUCAUUCCAAAAUGUCUGCUCCGCUUCCUUACGUCAAUUUGGACAAGUAUGAUGGUGGUGUACAGGUGGAUAAAUGUCAUGUGUAUGUUAGGAAUCAGUCAGAUGAUGACACCUGCAGUAUCAUCUCUCAGAGAAGUUACGAAAGUGAAUCAAAAUCUCCAAAAGAUCGAAUGAGUGCAAAAGCUAAGAUGGGUUAUGGGAAAAGGACUGAUAGAGAAUCUCAGAAACUUCCUAUUGAUCUCCCUGAAUCAAACUAUGCAAACACAGAAUGCAUUUACGCAAAUGAUUAUGCUGCCAUAGAAGCCUCUCGACAACCGCCAGCACUGCCUCCAAAAGGACCAGCUCUUCUGAGUAAGAGUAGACCCCUUUGUCCACCUCCUGUCCCUCCAGGCAGACACAGAGCUCAUUUGAAUAAAAGAAAUAAGUAUUCCUCACAAUAUUCAAGUCCACGACAAGGUAUCAACCCAGUGAUGAAUCCAAAAAGAGAGCAAAAUUAUUUCUUGAUGGCUGGAGUUGAUUCAUCACCUAGCAGCAGAAGACGAUCUGAAAUUGGGCUCCAUACACCAAGAGGAAGUUCAUCAGAGCUGUCCGAUUAUAAGGAUGGGCCACUGAAAGUGAGGCUUCCUAAACGUUCUCCUUCUGCAGCUGGGAAGGAAAAUCUAAACCCUGAUGAUACUUGUGGUUACAUGGAUAUGAGCGGAAUGUUCGAAGAUGAAAGGGUGACAAUGAAAUCCAAAGAUGAGGUCGAAUCUUCUACAUCCUCUCCUCAGAAAGUGUACACAAGAUCCAGUAGUGCUUCCUCUAUCUCUGAAAAUAUCUUCUUCAGACCAGUGUUUCAGCAUUCACUCAGUUUAACUGACACUCCAAACACACCAGUCAGAGAAGAAAACUAUUUACUUAUGCAUCAUCUCACUAGUCCAAAGAAAUCUGUGCUCGAAAACCUACAGUCCCUGCAAAGUUAUGUUAGCAAUACCAAGGCAGUAAGAGACUCUGUUAUUGAGGGUGAUGACCCAUCAGCUUCACCAAAAAUCUCCAGACGCAAUUCUGAAGAAGAAGCAUCAAAACAAAAUACAUCUUCUGAAAAUGCCAAAGAAAUCUUGAAGGGGAAGUCUUCUUUGCCUUUCCCAAACUUGAUCAACUUCCAGAAACACAAUAUUCUAACAAGUUCUGAGGAUGUUCAUAAAAGUGCCAGUGCAACAUCAGUGCAAUCUGUUAAUAGUGACAAAAGUACUGAAAAUUCAGGAAAAAGUCCUGGAUUUCUGACAAGAUUGAUCAGAAGAAAUUCAGGGAACAGGAAAAGUAUGUCUCAGAGUCAAGAAAAUCUUUUGAACUCAAGUUCAAGUGAAAGUUGCCUAGACAAAACUCUAAGCAACAUUUAUGGAAGCAGAGACAAUGCAAAUGGGAAGGACAUUUCAACAUCAAGUGUAGCUUCAACAAACAGUAGCAGUGGUGGCCAAAGUCAGUCUGAAAUGCUGGAAAGAAGACGUUCCUCCAGCUUUCCAAACAGAUCUAGUUUUAUGGAGAUGAAUGCUUCCAAAGACAAUUUUCAUCAAACCUCACAAGAUUCAUUUAACUCUAAUGGGACCACUGAUGAACACAGUCAAUUGAUUGGACCACAGCAAUCAGAACAGACAAAGGACACAGACAGUUGUGAAUCCAGUUCCACCAAUAGAACUGGGUACACAGGGCCUUGUGAUGGACAGACAGAUUCAGAGGAUUCAGCAUCAAAAAGUAAAUCAGAAGGAAAAUGUCUGUCUCCAAAAUCUUUUCAAAAGUUUCGCAAAACACAGGAGAUGGGAAUUUUCACAGUGUUAAGAGUGGAUGAACCUUCAUAUAAAAUGCCACUUUGUCAGACUUCUAGCAAAACAGAUGAUGAAAAACUUAUUGACCUCAUGAAAUAUUCGAAGGUGAAGGACUACUAUGGAGACACAGAUUCUGAAAAAACUAAUUCAUUGAAAUCUGAUGACUUUAAGCUGAAUAUGUGUCCCAAAAAAGCUUUUUCACCAUACGAAGAAGCAGCAGCCAUUGCAAAGUAUGUAGCUUCAUUACCACCAUUUAUACCUCCGAAGCAAAAGAGCUACCCUUGUUCUGCAUUGUCUCCUGUUUUGGAAAGUGCACCUUCUCUUGGGAAAGAGGAAGUCUUGAAAGAAGAUAAUACUUUAGACAAUAAGAGUAUUUCCUCAUUCAGAUCUGAGCACAGCUAUGCUAUGAUUGCUCCCAGUGACCAAGAUGAUGCUAAACCUGGUGAAAAAGUAGAAGAAUCAAUAUGGGUGCCAAGACAAGCAGUGAAGGAAAGAUCACCUGCAUCUGUAAGCAGCACUGUGGAGGACCAGGAAUCUAAGUCAACAGCAGUAGUUGUAGAGUUGGACCAUGACAGCCCCUCUGAUGAUGAAAUUUCUCUGUCUUCUUCCUACUCGGACAGUGUUAGCAGUGAAAGUGCAUUACGGAACAGUGCAGCCUACACUUACAUGAGACCAAGAGCAGGCAAUUGCUACGUAGUUCUGGAGAGGAAGCGGCCACUAAAUGAAAGUCUCAGUUCUAGUCCCUCACAAACUCCCAAUUCUCCCUCUGUGAAUUCCAGCGUGUUUACUUUUGAUCAAGUGUCCCAGUUCAGCUCUUUCAGCAGGGAAAGAGAUUCUCCCAAUUUACCAAAGUUUUCUCGUUCAGAGAGUAUGCACUCAAAAUUUUCAGAAAGAACUAGUUCUCACAAAAUGUCCUACAUGAACAUUGACCUGACACCACCUUCAUCGCCUCCAUUUUCCCAGUCACUUUCUCUUCCAGCAGAGCAACUGGAACGUCAGUUAAAUUAUGCCGAGAUUGACCUCCGAGAGAAGCCCACACGUAAAAGCAGAAAGUCUUCCCAAAAGUCCCUCAAAAUGCAGAAGUCUACUUCCAUUGAAUAUGCCAUGAUUGACAUGCAAGCCACCAUUGCCAUUCAAAGAGCUGGUCAAGAGCACAAGAUGUCCCGUGUGGACAGCUUGAAAAGAUGUGACCAGAAACUGUCUUUGUCCAUCCCAGAACAGGGGACAGACACCGAAGAUGUUCCAGAACCAUCCCCCUCCAGCACCAAAGAUGAAACAGUCUCAAAGGAAGAGAGUACCUUCCUUACAACACACAAAUACGUCAAUGUUCCACCGCCAAAGGAAGAGAAAGUUGAAGAGGAGGAAAAGGAUGAACAUGAUGAUCUUCCAGAGAAAAUUCUGCUGCCAAUCAGAGAGAACCAGGACACGUCUAGUAGUGAGAGUGAGGCUGAGGAAGACUCAGAUUCCUCCGAUGGUGAAGUCAUCAUCUAUGAGUAGAAGAUGAUGGAAUGAUAAGAAUUAUUUAUUCUUUAUAUUUUUUACCAGAUGCAAGUAGGCUGUGCCAAAAAAUUUUGUCAUAAAAGAGAUAUGCACCAAUAUGUUGGACAUGAAAGAAAGUGUCCUAUUGAUUUGUUGAUCAUGAUUAUUCUGAUUAAUGGAUUUUCAUAAUGUAUAUUUUUUGUUUUGAAAAUAAGGAUAUUUUCAAUUGAAUAAAAUACAGAUUUUUUUCAAUAUUUUUGAAGCUUUUCAGAAGUCUUCCAAAUGAUUUCUUUGUAUAUUGAGUAAUAUAAAGAUUCAGAGUUUAGACCAGCGAAAGCAUGUUACUUAAGUUAUUUGUAGACCAAAACCAUUGAUAGAAGAGCUGCUGUUCUUUGAAUAACCAUUUAUGCAAACAAACCACAAUCUGAACAAAUGACAUGACCACUGGGCUGGUAUUUUAUACAUACUUUGAAUAUUUUUCCUAGUGCUUUAACUGUAGGAACAUGAUGAAAAAAAUAUCUUUUUAAUUUACAAUGACAAAUUGAUUUUGUAGUUUUGUUUUUCAUGUAUAUUUUUUAGAAGAACAUUAUAACAUCAUCAAAAAUGUUGAGGUUGAAGUAUUUUUAAGGUUGUAUUUCCUUAUAUUUCUAAGGGACUAGAUUGCCAAAUAGAUUAUACACAGCUGCCAAAAUAUUUUCCUUACUUUGUGUGUGAUUGUUGUUUAGUAUUUUGUUAUUGUUGUGGACCAUAGAAAAAGGACUUCAUUUAAUAUUUAAUGGUUGUAUUAAAAGAGGCAUAAUGUGUGGAACAUUUUUUUUCAAGGUGCUAUUUAUUCCAUAAAAAUCAUCCAAAUAUGCCCUCAUUUUGCAGGGAUCUUUUAAAGCAUGUGUCAUUAAUUUUCUGUUGUUGCAUGAUAGAACUAGUGGUCAUUCAAUAUUUUCAUGUGUAGUUAUCAUGUGGUCUUUUUCAGCUGUUAACAAAAACAUGGAAUUUUCUUACUUCAAUAUCUAAAAAGUAGUGCAUGAAACAAUACCUCAAACUGACUGCUGAGUAAAAACUUGAAGCUAUGCAACACUUAAUGCUGUUUUAAAUCCUGAAUUGGUAGAUCAAGUGAGCUUUUCUGAUCAGAGUUCUUUGACUUCUAUAUGUCUGUACAUGUUUAUUACUGAAAUAUUUCAUUUUCUCCAACUAUUUCAAUCAAUCUGCAAAUUUUAAUUAUUUUUUCAUAACCAUUCAGUGGACUUCUCUAAUACAACGAAGAAAAAUUUUGAAAGUUGUUUGGCAUUAAAUGCAAUGAGUAUUUUUAUAGCUUUAUAUUUUUAUACAAUUUAUACAUGCACAGGGUCAGUAUUUUUGUAACUUUGAUGUGCUUUCACAGAAUUUUUUUUACUUGCACUUACACAGUAUCAUCAUAUGUUUAUUUUCAUAUACAUGUAUUUUUGAUGAUAAUUUUUUUAACGACAUUUAAAUUUAUGUUAAAUAAACAGUUGGAUGUAAAUUGAAGAGAAAAAUCUUUAAAAAGCUGUAAAAGGAAAACUAUCUGUGCUUUAAGAUAAAACAAUUUUUUGUUAAGGAUAUUUCGUUGUACUUUUUCUUACAUCCUGUUUUGAUGAAUUUUGCCUAUUCAAAUAAUUGAAAUUUAGACUGUACAUAUAUUUUGACAGCAAGAUUUUAUCUUGGGAUUUUGUUUUCGACCAAGAAACCUUGCUAUCAGUGAUGACAUUAGCAAAAAAGUACAGUAGCUAUUUAUUGCAGAACUUUCUGCAUUGAUUGAUUCCACCAGUUUCUCAAUAUAUAUAUAUAU